AUGUUUGGCGCCAGCUACUUCGGUGCACAAGGCGGCUAUGGCGGGGUAGAACCUGCUGGCGAGGCUGGGCCGUGCGGCGGUGUGCAGGCAUCGCAGGGCCAUGGCGGCUUCAUCCCUGAGGAUGACACCGCUAGGUCAGGCAUGCAGGCAAAUUCAACUUCUGGCAAGACCACAUCACAGACAUUGACGCCUGUCACGAUUCGUAUGCUGCUGGAUGCUGCGAGUUCCGGCCAGCAGGGCCCGGACAGUCCAUUCCGAGUAGGAGGUCGAGAGCUCCAGCUGUUGACUGUCGUAGCCUGCGUAGAGGACAUCCAAGUUCAGGAGAUUGGCAUCUGUGUGACUCUAAACGAUGGCACAGGCAGCAUUCGCUGCAACGUUUACCCCGAUAGCGAUUCUGCAUCUGGUCCAGAACUACGGAAUGGGGACUACAUCCGCGUCUUCGGCUCCCUGGGACACUGGGACAAGCAGGACGGUAUCAGGGCACGUGGCAUUGUGAAAAUCGAAUCCGCCAACGAGAUUGCUUACCACACCAUUGAGGUCGCCCAUGUGCACUUGCGUGUCAAAGGAAAGUUGGUCAAGUCCAGUGCCUCAGGGCAAGCCAACCACAGAUCCCCCGUGCCGUCGAUGCCAAUGACGACGUUGCCUGCGACGCACGCGCCUCCGGCCGUGCCGACGCGCACAGCUCAGUUUGCCGGCCCGCAUCAAGCACAGACGCCCACUGCAGCGUCAAGGCUUCAGAAUCUCGAAGGAUCGGUGAUUGCAGGAUAUACAUCCCGCGGAGGGACCAUGCCGGCACAAAUGAUGUCCCGCUUGCAGCAGCCUGGCCAGCUAGAAAUCAAUGCACAAACUUACCACCCGCCCCCAGCGAUGCAUAUGCAGAGGCCUCAGCCACAGAUGCACAAUGGCCAUGGAGGCGUGCAAGGUGGAGGAGCUGCCAUGGCCAGGACAUCACCUUUCCAAGGUGGACUGGGCGGGCAGCAGCCUGCAACGAACAUGAUCAAUCACCGGUUGGUGAGGGCAGGAAAAGUGUUGUACACUUUGUGCAAUCCCAAAGAGCGCUUUGGGAGGUUCGGAGCAGUUGCGUGGGGGAUCCGCCAAGAUGACUUUACUUUGCAAGAAGCAGACCCGAAUUUGGAACGUCGAGAAAGCCUAUAG